AUGGGACGAUUCCUAUAUAACGAACAACGCCGUCUUGAAGAGCGACGGAUCUCUUUCAAUGUCGCUGCUCUGAAGGACGCUGCCGAAAAAUACGUCGGCCACGGCAAAAUUACUUGUCUUCAAAAACUUGCUGAAGGCGGAUUCAAUCGGGUAUUUCUCCUUACUUCAGAGGAUGGAUUCCAAGCCAUUGCCAAAAUCCCCUACAGUAUUACUGUGCCGAAAAAGUAUACCACUGCAAGCGAAGUUGCUACAACAGACCUUCUGCGAUCAAAGGGUGUGCCUGUGCCUCGUAUAUUUGGUUGGUCUGCUGAUGCAAACAAUCCUGUUGGUGUGGAGUAUAUUAUUAUGGAAAAAGCGUCUGGUAUUCCAUUGGAGACCAGAUGGUUUGAUUUAUCGAAGCACGAACGUCAUUAUCUUGUGACGAGCCUUGUUGACAUUGAGAAGAAGCUGUUUGAUAUUCCUUUUGGCAAUUUCGGGAGCAUAUAUUACAAAAGUGAUCUACCACCGGAUUUGCAGCUUGACUUAUAUAUGAGUGACACAGAUCCGGUCAUGGUGUCACAAGAUGAACGGUUUUGUAUUGGGCCGACAACUGAUUAUAUGUUCUGGUACGGCCAGCGCGCUGAUUUGGAUACAUCUCGUGGGCCUUGGAAAACGCCAAAGGAUUACUUGAUCUCUAUCGGAAAACGGGAGUACGAAUGGACAGAAAGAUAUGGCAGAUCUCGCCCUAUGAAAUUUCCCCAUGUUGUCCACUUCGAGGCCAUCAAUUCUCCUAAUGAACACAUUAGGUAUCUCAAUCAAUAUAUGGAAGUGGCUCCUUACCUCCUUGGCUCGGAAUCUCACACCGACCUAAGCUGUCCUCUCUUGCGCCACCCGGAUUGGCAACAUGCGACCUUGCUUCCCCUACUGCUUGCCACGGGACACCCUCCUAUGUUUCAGAGCCCAGAUCAACCGCCACCAAAAACACUCGAGAAGCCCAGCCUGCCUGAUAACUAUGACUCACUCGAUCCGGAGCAAAAGUCCCAAGCGGACGAACUUUAUCGACGCAGGACGCUCUUUUACAUCUACAUGGCGUUCAAUGGUGGCUUAAAUAAAAAGCACUUGUCAGGGAUGAAAGAUCCUCGUGUGCUACUAUCUCAACAUCUUGUUGGACGCGCUGAGAAACAAUGGAGUGGAGAUUUUUUUAGCCUAAAAGGGGCUCUCAUCAGGAUAUAUGAAAACUGGCAUCUUUUCAAUGCACAUCUAUCGGAGCCACUUCCAUGCCCGGUCUCGUUUACCCAGUCUGAGGUUGAUGCGUAUUACGAGCAGGAGCCAACCUGGUUCGAAAUGAAUGGUCUCGUUGAGUACUGGAAGUCAGAGCUAGGAGGUUUGGGCGAUGACGGAUGGGUGAGGACGGAAGCCUACGAAGACACUUUGAAGAAAAGCACUGAGUUAAAGCAGGUGUUAUUGGAGGGCUCGGAUACACCGGAAGAAGAACGGUGCGUUGAAGAGCAAUGGCCAUUCCAAGAUCAUGAGGAGUGA